AUUAAAUAUUUUAAUUGCUAUUUUAUCAGUAUUACGUUUGUAGUGUGUCGUUAUCAGAUUCAAGUUCAAUACUAAUGAUUAAAGUAAACUUAGUUACUUCAGUUAAAUAGUUACUUUCAUCGGACAAUAUGGCUCCACAGCAAAACGGUAUGUCAGCUGACAACGGAUUACCGCAAUGGUUGGACAACGUAACAUUGGAGAAGGCCAUUAAGCAGCAAAUAGGAGACUACAAAAGUAUCUUGGAAAUCAAAACCGAAAAUGGUUCGAAAGAAGGUGAAAACUAUUCAUCGCUAAUGAUGCGUAUUAAAGCAGAAGUAGAAAUGGAAGAUGGCGGUACUAAAAAGGCUUCAUUUGUAUUGAAGGCACAACAUGCCAAUGAAAUGAUGGCUAGAAUUCUAAACAUGUUACGCCUAUUUCCCAAAGAAGAAGAAAUCUAUCAUAAAAUCAUACCAAAAUUCGAACAACUCUAUAAAGAUGCCGGCAAAUGUGUACAAUUUGCACCAAAGUCUUAUACCUUUGAUCGUGAUAUAGGAGUCGAUUAUGUUUUGCUAGAAGAUCUUCAUGUAAAGCAGUUUAAAAAUGCAAAUCGUUUGAAUGGUUUAGAUAUGGAUCAUGUUAAAGAGGUUUUAAUAAAAAUGGCCGAAUUUCAUGCUGCCUCUGCUUGUUAUGUAGAACACUAUGGCAUGUUUAGUGAAGAUUUCACUGUGGGCAUAUUUAGUGAAAAAAAUAAGGCCUUGUUGAAGGAAUUUAAUGCCUCGGGUGCAUUUUUGAGCCAGUUAAAGAAAUGGAAAAACUGUCAGCAGUACUAUGAAAAACUGGCUGAUAGUGAUGAAUUUUUGGUUGAUCGCUUGCUGGAAGAUCAAAAAGUAAAUCCCCGAGAAUUUAAUGUUUUAAAUCACGGUGAUUGUUGGUCUAAUAACAUAAUGUUUCAAUACGAUGCGUUCGGUAAAAUUAAAGAUACUUUGCUUGUGGACUUUCAAGUGGGCAAAUAUGGUUCGCCAGCCAAUGAUUUGUACUAUUUUAUCUUGUCAUCGGCUAGCAAGGAUAUAAAACUCAAUCAGUUCGAUUACAUGAUACGUUUCUAUUAUGAACAUUUGGUGGAGAAUUUAAAGCUGCUGCAGUAUCAUCGUCCCCUGCCAAAAUUGAAAAAUAUUCAUAUUGCCUUAAUGAAAAAUGGUUUGGCGGCAUAUAUGGUUGUUUCCAAAGUUUUGCCAGUUGUCAUUUUGGAAAAGACCGAUCAAGCUAAUUUAGAAAAUUAUAUUCAUGAUGAAUCCAAAAUGAAGACAGCCAUGUUUAGUAAUCAUAAAUAUGUUCAAGCCAUGUCAGAAAUAUUACCAUGGUUGGAUAAUCGCGGUUUGCUGGACUGGAAAUAAUUUAUUUCUAAUUUUAAUUAAUUGUUUGUUUGUCAUUAUUAUUAUAAAUAUUAUUAUAAUUUGGUUGUACCGUA